AUGUCAUCCCAGUCUCAACCCCCCCAACCCCCCAAACAAUCAACCUACACCCAACCCCAAAACCCCAUAUCACAGACCUCCCUUGAACAAGAACAACGCAUCCCCCAAACCCGCCACCGCGGCGACCCCAUCUCACCUAUAACCCGCGGCCCGAACUCCAACCCCGCAAACAACAGCGCUCUUUCCGAUCACGCCGGGAAAUAUAAACAGGAACGAUACAACCUCCGAUCUGCCGGCGACGUGGACACGGAAUAUGGGGUAGAGCAGGAGCCAGCGGAGGGGGAUAUUGCGGCUGCGGUUGAGGGGAAGAGUGCUCGGGUGAGAGCGCAGGCGGGAGCGCAUGCGGGGCCGGUGGGGAGUGCGAUGGGGCCUGGAGGGCCCGGGGAGUUGGACUUGGAUCGGAAGAGGGAGGAGCAUGAGCAAAUCCUUGGGGAGAGGGUGGGGAAGUCGCCUGCUGAGCCGGGGUGGGGGUUUGAUGGGGAAAGUGAGGAGAAUGAGGAGGUUAGGAGGAGGUUGGAGAGGGAGAGGCGGGUUGAUGUUGGGGAGGCUGUUAGGGAGGGGACGGGGGGACCAGUCGUUAGAUGA